AUGGCAGCGGACAAGGAGGCCAUGGGAAGGAAGACCUCCACCUCCAGCGACCUUGCCAGCCCGAUUACAGAGCCAGUCACCACAGAAGAACUGCCCGCCAAGGACGUCGAAGCAUCUCCCAAAGACGAACCAGAGUACGAAUGGCUUACUGGUAUGAAGCUAUGGGCUGUUAUGGGACCACUGAUCCUGGUCUUCUUCCUGGUAUUGCUCGACACCACCAUCAUCUCGACAGCCAUUCCCAAAAUCACGAAUCAUUUCAACUCGCUCAAGGACAUUGGCUGGUACACUGCGUCCUAUCAACUCGCCUCUGCUGUCCUCCAACCUUUGGCGGGUAAGCUAUAUGUCAACUUUAGCAACAAGUGGACCUUCAUUUCCUUCUUCGCUCUGUUCGAGUUUGGAUCACUACUAUGCGGUGUUGCCAACAGCUCGAAGAUGCUUAUUGUCGGCCGAGCGGUAGCAGGCAUGGGAACGGCAGGUCUACAGAAUGGUGCCUUCACCAUCAUCUCUGCAUCUGUGCCUCUGCACAAACGACCAGCACUCAUCGGGAUCCUUCAAGCUCUGGCGCAGUUGGGCAUUGUAUUUGGACCCUUGAUUGGAGGAGCUCUGACACAAUACACAACCUGGAGAUGGUGCUUCUACAUCAACUUACCCAUUGGAGCUGUUGCAGCCGUCUUACUCGUCUUCGACAAGAUACCAGAUGCAUACCAGAAGCCACCCGCCAUGGAAGUCCUCCGCGAUAUCCACCACAAACUCGACCUGAUCGGCUUCGUACUCUUCGCACCCGCUGUCAUUAUGCUGUUGCUCGCCAUGCUGUGGGGUGGUAACGACUACGCUUGGAACAGUGCUACAGUGAUUGGCCUCUUUUGCGGCUUCGGUGGCCUCAUCAUAGUCUGGGCUGCCUGGAACUGGUAUAAGAAGGACGACGCGCUGAUCCCAAUAUCGAUGAUCACAAAGACCACUGUCUGGAGCGGUUGCGUAGUAGUCGGCUGUCUCAUGGCUGGACUGUACAUCGCCGCCUACUACCUGCCGAUCUACUUCCAGUCGGUAUAUGGAGCUUCACCGACCAUGUCAGGUGUGUACCUGCUACCGAACAUCAUAGCCGCUCUCCUUGCGGCAGUCAUCGCUGGGAAGUUGGUUGGCAUGAUCGGCUACUAUACACCGUUUGCCAUCUUGGCAGCAAUACUGAUGUCAAUCGGACUUGGGCUCUGUGGCAUGCUAGGUGUCAACUCCUCGACUGGCGACUGGAUCGGCUUUCAGAUCCUAUUUGGCGUCGGACGAGGCAUGGGAAUGCAGAUGCCGAUUGUGGCGGUACAGAACCGUCUUCCACCGACCAUGGCACCAUUGGCAAUCGCUCUCUGCAUGUUCACCGGCAUGUUAUUCGGUGCUCUCUUCCUGUCAGCAUCGGCCACGAUCUUCACGAACAGCCUUUCCACCUUGAUACCAAAGUAUUCCCCGGGAGCAGAUGUACAGGCCAUUGUCACGGCGGGCGCAACAGGCUUCAGGGAUGUGGUUCCUCUCUCUCAGCUGCCAGGCAUCUUGAUCGCUUAUGCGAAGAGCGUCAAUCGUGUCUUCUAUCUGUGUGCGGCGCUGGCAGCACUAUGUCUACCUUUCUCGUUCGGAUUGGGAUGGACCAAUAUCAAAGAGAAAAAGAAGGCUGCACCACAGGCAAAGGUGGAGGUAAACAAGGGGGAGGAGACAUCAUCAGAUAGCGCCGUUUAG